AUGCGCCCUGCCCUCCCCGUCCCCGCUCCUCUCCCAGUUACCGGCGGCUCUUUGUUCCAUUAAAACCGCGAGCGGCGCCUCCUCACCCAGCCAACUCCACUGUUGAGGUCUGGUUGGAUCGCUCUUUGUCUGGAACGUCCCCCUUAACCGUACCACCAUGGGUGACCCUACCAGGAGCUAAACUCCAGCCGGCAUCACUCUCAGGAACUCAGGAAGUCACAAGCUUCACCACAACAAGAAGAUACAAAAGCCUGAAAGCACGUAGCACCAGGGUCGAGGACAGCUUCUACCCCGCUGUUAUCAGAAUCUUGAACAGACCUUUUGUACGGCAGGUGGCGAUUUGUCAAAGAGCGCUGCUGGAAGAUGUCAACUCCAGACCCUCCAAUGGGAGGCACACCUCGGCCGGGCCCCUCCCCAGGACCUGGACCCUCACCUGGGUCAAUGCUGGGCCCCAGUCCUGGUCCCUCACCUGGAUCGGCACACAGCAUGAUGGGACCAAGUCCGGGGCCCCCAUCCACAGGGCAUUCCAUGAAUCCUCAGGCACCUGGAGGAUACCCAACAGAGAGCAUACACCAACUUCAUAAGGCUAUGGAAUCAAUGCAUGAGAAGGUGCUGCCCGAUGACCCACGCUACGGUCAGAUGAAAAGCAUGGGCAUGAGGUCAAGCGGACACAGUGGCAUGGGGCCACCGCCCAGUCCAAUGGACCAGCAUUCUCAAGGGUACCCUUCUCCGCUGGGAGGUCCAGAGCAUGCCCCGAGCCCUGUGCCCGCUAACGGCCCCCCUUCAGGGCCACCCAUGCCCGCUGGGCCAGGCGGCCUUCCCAUGGACGGUGGGGAGCCCCAGACUGUGGGACAGCAAAGCCGAGGACCCUCGCCUUUCAACCAGGGGCAGCUGCACCAGCUGCGGGCACAGAUCAUGGCGUACAAGAUGCUGGCGAGAGGACAGCCCAUUCCGGACCACCUCCAGCUAGCUGUCCAGGGGAAGAGACCCCCGCCUGGAAUGCAGCAGCAGCAGCAGAUGUCAUCGCUGCCCCCACCAUCUACCCCCGCCACCGGAGCAGCGUCGGUCCCAACACCAGGAAACUACAACAGGCCACUCGGCAUGGGAGGAUCCAACAUGAUGCCUCCUGGAUCUGCCGUAGUCAAUCAGGGAAUGCAAUGCCAGCCUCCUGGUGGCCCAUCCAAACCCUGGCCAGAAGCUCCGAUGGCCAAUGCCACCGCUCCAACCACUGCCCCUCAGAAGCUUGCCCCACCUCAGCCCACCGGCCGACCCUCCCCCGCUCCGCCUGCCGUGCCGCCCGCCGCCUCGCCGGUGAUGCCACCCCAGACGCAGUCGCCGGGGCAACCGGCUCAGCCGCCCCCCAUGGUGCCACACCAUCAGAAGCAGAACCGGAUCACGCCUAUUCAGAAGCCACGAGGGCUGGACCCAGUCGAACUGCUGCAGGAACGCGAGUACCGGUUACAAGCACGAAUUUCCCAUCGGAUCCAGGAACUGGAAAACCUCCCCGGCUCACUGGCCGGAGACCUCCGCACCAAAGCAACCAUUGAGUUGAAGGCUCUGCGACUCCUUAAUUUCCAGAGGCAGCUCCGACAGGAGGUGGUUGUGUGCAUGAGGAGGGACACGGCUCUAGAGACGGCGCUGAAUGCCAAAGCCUACAAGCGCAGCAAGCGGCAGUCGCUCCGCGAGGCCCGGAUUACUGAGAAACUGGAGAAGCAGCAGAAGAUCGAGCAAGAGCGGAAGCGGAGACAGAAACACCAGGAAUACCUCAACAGUAUCUUACAGCAUGCAAAGGACUUCAAGGAAUAUCACCGAUCGGUCACGGGGAAGAUGCAGAAGCUAACCAAAGCUGUGGCUACCUACCACGCCAACACCGAGCGCGAGCAGAAGAAGGAGAAUGAACGGAUCGAGAAGGAGAGAAUGAGAAGGCUCAUGGCAGAGGAUGAGGAAGGCUACCGCAAGCUGAUCGACCAGAAGAAGGACCGGCGGCUAGCCUACCUGCUGCAGCAGACGGACGAGUACGUGGCCAAUCUGACGGAACUGGUCCGACAGCACAAAGCAGCACAGGCAGCGAAGGAGAAGAAGAAGAAAAAGAAGAAGAAGAAGCAGGAAAACGUGGAUGGCUUGGGUUCGGCUGUCGGUCCUGAUGGUGAGCUGCUGGAUGAGACAAGCCAGAUGAGUGACCUGCCGGUGAAGGUGAUUCACGUGGAGAGUGGCCGAAUGUUGUCAGGAGCCGAGGCACCGAAGGCCGGACAGCUGGACGCCUGGUUGGAAAUGAACCCUGGGUAUGAGGUGGCCCCACGCUCUGACAGUGAAGACACUGGCUCUGAGGAAGAGGAAGAGGAAGAGGAAGAGGAGGAGCAGGCGGCCACAUCAGCACCACCUACUGCCCCCGAGGAGAAGAAGAAAAUUCAGGAUCCAGACAGCGAAGAGGUGUCUGAGCUGGACGCCAGGCAGAUCAUAGAGAAUGCCAAGCAGGACGUGGAUGACGAGUACAGUGCGCCGUUGUCCAGCAUGCACGGUCUGCAGUCCUAUUACUCAGUCGCUCACGCGGUGACUGAGAGGGUGGAUAUUCAGUCCACCCUGCUUGUGAACGGUUUACUGAAACAGUAUCAGGUCAAAGGUCUGGAGUGGCUGGUGUCGCUCUACAACAACAACCUGAACGGGAUCCUCGCCGAUGAAAUGGGCCUGGGGAAGACCAUCCAGACCAUCGCCCUCAUCACAUACCUCAUGGAACACAAGCGCAUCAAUGGACCAUUCCUCAUCAUAGUACCUCUCUCGACGCUCUCAAAUUGGGCUUAUGAGUUCGAUAAGUGGGCUCCGUCUGUAUCACGCAUCUCUUACAAGGGCUCUCCCGCGGCUCGAAGGGCCUUUGUUCCACUCCUCAGAAGUGGGAAGUUCAAUGUCUUGCUCACCACCUAUGAAUAUAUAAUCAAGGACAAGCAUGUUCUUGCCAAGAUCCGUUGGAAGUACAUGAUCGUAGACGAGGGUCAUCGGAUGAAAAACCAUCACUGUAAGCUGACACAGGUGCUGAACACACACUACGUGGCUCCACGUCGCCUCCUGCUGACUGGCACCCCGCUGCAGAACAAGCUGCCCGAGCUGUGGGCGCUCCUCAACUUCCUGCUGCCUACCAUUUUCAAAAGCUGCAACACAUUUGAGCAGUGGUUCAAUGCUCCCUUUGCCAUGACGGGGGAGAAGGUGGAUUUGAACGAGGAGGAAACCAUUCUGAUCAUCCGACGCUUGCACAAGGUCCUCCGCCCCUUUCUGUUACGGCGAUUGAAAAAGGAAGUGGAAGCUCAGCUUCCUGAGAAGGUGGAAUACGUCAUUAAGUGCGACAUGUCAGCUCUGCAGAGGGUGCUGUACCGUCACAUGCAGGCAAAAGGAGUGCUGCUGACCGAUGGCUCAGAGAAGGACAAGAAGGGCAAAGGUGGCACGAAGACUUUGAUGAACACCAUCAUGCAGCUGAGGAAGAUUUGUAACCACCCGUACAUGUUCCAGCACAUUGAGGAAUCUUUCUCAGAACACUUGGGAUUUACUGGAGGCAUUGUACAAGGAGCCGAUUUAUACCGAGCCUCAGGGAAGUUUGAACUGCUGGACAGAAUUCUCCCCAAGUUGCGGGCAACCAACCACAGGGUACUACUCUUCUGCCAAAUGACUUCACUGAUGACCAUCAUGGAAGACUACUUUGCAUACCGCAGCUUCAAGUACCUCCGGCUGGAUGGGACCACCAAGUCCGAGGACCGCGGCAUGCUUCUGAAGACGUUCAAUGAACCCAACUCCCAUUACUUCAUCUUCCUGCUCAGCACACGGGCUGGAGGCCUGGGCUUGAACCUCCAGGCAGCAGACACCGUGGUCAUCUUCGACAGUGACUGGAACCCACACCAGGAUUUACAAGCUCAGGAUCGCGCUCACCGAAUCGGGCAGCAGAAUGAAGUGCGCGUUCUGCGGCUCUGCACCGUGAACAGCGUGGAGGAGAAGAUCCUCGCGGCAGCCAAGUACAAGCUGAACGUUGACCAGAAGGUCAUCCAGGCUGGCAUGUUCGACCAGAAGUCGUCGAGCCACGAGAGGCGAGCCUUCCUCCAGGCCAUUCUGGAACAUGAGGAGCAGGAUGAAGAGGAAGACGAGGUUCCUGAUGAUGAGACGGUGAACCAGAUGAUAGCCAGACACGAAGAGGAAUUUGAUCUCUUCAUGCGGAUGGACCUUGACCGUCGCCGGGAAGAAGCCAGGAACCCGAAGCGAAAGCCGCGGCUGAUGGAGGAAGACGAACUUCCAAACUGGAUCUUGAAAGACGAUGCCGAGGUGGAGCGGCUGACGUGCGAGGAGGAGGAGGAGAAGAUGUUUGGGCGGGGAUCGCGGCAGCGCAAGGAGGUGGACUACAGCGACUCUUUGACCGAGAAACAGUGGCUCAAGGCCAUAGAAGAGGGCAAUCUGGAGGAGAUCGAAGAGGAGGUGCGCCAGAAAAAAGCCCGCAAGCGAAAGCGGGACGUGGACCCUCCGGUGGUCAUGGCGACCACCAGCACACGCAGCAGCCGGGACAAGGACGACGACGAGAAGAAGAAGAAGAAGCGGGGCCGGCCGCCGGCCGAGAAACUGUCACCAAACCCACCAAACCUCACCAAAAAGAUGAAGAAGGCUGUGGACGCCGUCAUCAAGUACAAGGACAGUAGUACUGGCCGACAGCUCAGUGAAGUUUUUAUCCAACUUCCAUCUCGCAAGGAGCUUCCUGAGUAUUACGAGCUCAUCCGCAAGCCUGUUGACUUCCGAAAAAUCAAGGAGCGGAUCCGUAACCACAAGUAUCGCAGCCUCAAUGACCUGGAAAGAGAUGUGAUGCUGCUGUGUCAGAACGCACAGACGUACAACCUGGAGGGUUCACUGAUCUAUGAAGAUUCCAUUGUGCUCCAAUCCGUUUUUACCAGCGUACGGCAGAAGAUCGAAAAGGAAGAGGACAGUGAGGAUGACAGCGAGGAAGGAGAGGAGGAGGAAGAAGAGGGGUCGGAGUCAGAAUCUCGAUCAGUGAAAGUGAAGAUUAAGCUGGGCCGGAAGGACAAGAGUCAGGACCGAGUGAAAGGGCGGAAACGCUCCAGCCGCACCUCCAAGUCCAAACCCAUUGUAAGCGAUGAUGACACGGAGGAGGAAGUGGAUGAGGAACGGUCAGGAACCGGUACAGAUGAAGAUUAAUCUCAGGAUAACAUUCCGUGUUGGGAUCUACACUGGGGCUUGUCCAUCCCUCUGAAAGUGACUGUGCGAUGUUCUGGUACCUGUGUCCAGCUAGCAGUGUAGUGUACGUUCUUAGUAUACGAUGUAAUCUUGCAUAUUUAUAGCAGCAGAAGAGAAGGCAUGUAGGUUUAUCAACUUAGUGUCUCGCUGUGUUGAAGCUGGUCAUGCUCCCAAUGGCAUUAAUGGCACAGUCUUUUCCAAGUCAGCAUUCAUUGUGCAAAUAAUGAUAAAUCAAGACACAGCUGCUAAUUCCAGCCAUCUAAAUCUUUCCUCUUCCUUCCUUUUUACUUCCCUCUGAGACUCCCCGCACUGUGUAAUAUAUAAGCCAUCUGGUUAAUUGUUAUAUUAAUUAAAUUAACCAAAUGGGGUUGAAUUGGGGGACCUUGACACUAACUCAGAGUGGACACAUUUCCGAUUGGUGCACAAGGAAUGGCAACGUGGAAAAGUCUGUCCAGGAAAAGAACAAAAACUCAUGAAUUUGGGAAUACUUGAUUUUUCUAGACGUUCUAUUUUGUUUCCUCUCUCCGUGCGAACGCAGUCAGUCACAUGCAGUCCUUGCCUCAUUGUACUGUGACUUGUGUAAGCAUGUGUGUAGGAAUUCAUUCCCAUUACUGUACUGUACUUAAAACAGGUCAAAACCACCCAUCUCCGCAGACUCUAAGGGGAUUCUGUACGGUCAUUAUCACUGGACUACAAUAAAAUAAAUACUUGACUGUGUCUGAUUUAUAUAUUGUGUGUGUGAGUGCACGUGUGAAUGUGUGUGUGUGUGUGUGAGUCUAUGUGUGAAUGUGCAUGUGUGUGUGCGUGUACAUGCAUGCAGAAUGUCCUUCAGUAUUACAACCCAUUUUGAUUUAGUACAAUAUCCCAAUGCACUUCACUGGAGUGAUAAAAGCAAAGAUUAACAUUGAGUCAUUAGGGCAGUUGGCCAAAAAUGUUAGAACAUUAACAUUUUUUGAAAUUUUGAAUGGCACAGUACAGGCCCUUCAGCCCACAAUGUUGGGCCAACCUUUUAACCUAGUCUAAGAUCAACCUAACCCUUCCCUCUCACAUAAACCUCAAAUUUUCUUUCAUGCAUGUGCCUAUCUAAGAGUUUCUUAACUGCCCCUUAUGAUCUUGCCUCUACAACAGGGCAUUCCACGCACCCACCACUCUGAAAAGAUCUUACCUUUGAC